CCUUUGGGUUCUACAGCGUGAGAAUCGACUUCGCCAUCACCUCGGACUGACUGAUCUCGGAGAAGGCUAUUGGAAAGCUGUCCGAACACCAGAUGGUUAUCAUCAACAACUUCGACAACGACACGAGGCAGCCGCGAGCCAGUCUUUACGAAUACCCGCAACCUACAUCUACGACUACGGCAGUCCAAUGCAGAUCCAAGGCGAUGAACAUGACAAGAGGCGCGGCGAGAACAAGGAGACAGGAAGCGGGUUGGGAGACGCAGGACGCGGGAUGGUUCCAAACAUGCGAGCAUGCCAACACAAAGUCGGUCGAGGAACUGGACGGCCGUCGAAGAGCUGGAUGCGUUGGACUGCGAUAAAUCAGCACGAAUCUCAUUGAGCUGCGGAGUGUUGUGGUGGCGAUCGAGUGCUGGAGCGCCAGAGGGAGGGUGAGCUGUUGCCCAUCUUCGAACGGCGAUCGAGCAGCCAAGCCACAAUAACAGGACACUCCACGAAUGAGCACG